UUUUGAAGAUAAAUUGCACAACUAUCAUCUAUAUUCUGAUUUUUUCAAUUUCCGACAGAAGAUAAACCCUUACCACUCGUAUUAUUGUUAAUGUGUGUAAGUAGGCACGUGAUGCCAUGAGGGUUAAUGAUCGGGGAUGGAACAGGAAUUCACUGUAGAUUCAUAAUCGUUUGGAUCAUGAAUGUAGUUGUUAACAAAAUUGUUGAAUUAUUGAAAUCGGAUUGUAAAUUGCUAUUUGCUGGUAUGGGUUCCAAUUCUGGCACUGGUGUAUAUCCUUUGCACCGGUCUAAAAUUAUUCACCUGGUGAGACAUGCUCAAGGGAUUCAUAAUGUAGCAGGAGAAAAGGACCACAGCGCUUACUCAUCUCGAGAAUAUUUUGAUGCACAUCUGACCCCAUUAGGCUGGCAGCAGGUAGAAAAUCUGCACAAGCAUGUACGAGCCUCUGGAAUCUUUGAGAGUGUCCAACUAGUUGUUGUUUCACCUUUGUUAAGAACAUUGCAAACAGCAGUUGGAGCUUUCGGAGGUGAAGGCUGCACAGAUGAGACAAAUGUGCCUCCACUGAUGAUAGAAAAUGCUGGUAAUAGUGAUCACCCUGAAAUCUCAAGUCUAAAUUGUCCACCUUUCAUAGCUUUGGAGCUCUGCCGUGAACACUUGGGAGUUCAUCCAUGUGAUCAGAGAAGAAGCAUCAGCGAGUACAAACCUUUGUUUCCUGCAAUCGAUUUCUCAUUGAUAGAAAAUGAUGCUGAUGUUUUGUGGGAAGCUGAUAUCAGAGAAAAGAAUGAAGAUGUAGCUGCCAGAGGAAAGAAAUUUUUGGACUGGCUGUGGACAAGAAAAGAGAAAGAGAUAGCAGUUGUCACACACAGCGGACUUCUUGUCCAUACUUUGAAGGAAUAUGGAGAUGAUUGUCAUCCUUCCAUCAAGAGUGAAAUGGGGACAUUCUUCAACAAUUGUGAGCUUCGGUCUGUGGUCAUUGUUGACAAAAGCAUGAUAUGUUCAGAUUCUUCUACAACCAACUUCCCCGGCAAAAUCCCAAGCGGGACUGACGUUCCUAGUGAUGCUACUGCUGCCACAAACUAACAACUAAUAGGAGGAUGAAGUGCUCACCUUGUUCUCACAAAUUUCGAACCAGAAUACUAGUAUGCUUUCCACUGAUCAUUCUAUAAGCUCUGCUCUUGUAUUCAGACAAGCCUUUUUGCUCACCUUAACAUCAGUCAACAACUCUAAGUUAAUUUAUUUGAUAAAUUUACCACUCAAACAUGCAAUAUAUUUUUGAUGAUGAGGUGUAAUAUAUUUUUAUAUGUCA